AUGUAUGACCCGGAUUAUGGCACGGCGAGGCGACCGUUGGACCCGGCGCCGCAAGUCUACUCUCACUCAAGGUCAAGAACAACUUCCUCCAAUACAUUCCCUGCGCAAUACUCGCAGUACGCUCCGAUGCCCAAUCAUUUACAACAACCCCAGCCUUUUACUGGCCACGCUCGACGCUCACCUUCGGUGAAUACCUUUAGCACGACUUCGAGUAAUGCGCCAGCCGACCUCCGCCGAAGUACGUCUUCGAGGUCCAUUAGCAAUCAACAAGGGGGCUAUGUUGCCCUACUCCGUAAACAAAAGGCUACCGUGUGGUGUGAUCGAGCACAAGCCGAGGAUCCUCGCAUGCUUGCCCAGCAACGCGCCGCUAAACAGAGAGCAGCCCAGGAGGUAAUCGGCCGCACGACACAAAACCGGACGUCGACAGGUAUUAGUGGUGCUGGAAAGGUUGUGACCAAAUUCAGAUACCAUGGCAAGCCGGGCGUGGUUGGAUAUACCCCAGAAAACAACUACAUCGGCGUCGGUGGAGUCCCACUGCGACUAAGUGCCACAGAGGUGGAAGGUGAAGAUAGCGAGGAUGAUGAUGUUUCUGCGCGGAAGUUGCACCACCGUAGGACAGGGAGCAGUGGACGUAGUAGCACUGCUAGCGGCCGCCGCGGCAUGACCUAUCGUACUUCAGGUAGCAUAGGGCAGGGUGGUAAGCGUUGGAGCCCAAGCGACACACCAGAGCGAGGCAGCAUCGCGGAUGAUCCUGAGUACAAACCAGCAGAGGACCGAAUUGGACGUGCCACCAGCACACAUAGUGGCAGUAGUGCAGAGAGGGCAGAUGCUUUACCUGAGCUAGCCAGCUCCAACGCUACCAAGCUGGCAAGCAACAGUCUAUUGAAUGCAGCCCUUACGAGAGAGAAGAGCGUCAAGAACCCGGAAGAUCUGAAGAGGAGAGGCAGUGUGGAUGAGAGGACUAUGACGCUUACGUCUGGUCGACUUUUCAUUGCCAACCCGGAUCAAUAA